UAUACAGUCAUUGGCCAUAGCUCUCCUCAAUGACUGCUGGAAAGAUGGCGACAGCGCACAACCCCGGGAGCUGCAACUCUGCAGGGGGAUAAAAAAAACUUCGCCGAAAGACGCCUUUUCGACCAGCUCUUGCAAAAAGAAAACGUGCAAACAGCAUUUAAACUGUUAUUGUCAUGGAUGGUCCCAUGCACCACUAGAACCGAGGAUUUCUCGACCUACUAUGGAGCCUCCUGAUAAUAGCGAACCUAGCAGGCAGGCCAAUCCCUCAAAAUAUGGUUUGGUGCAUCAGAACUGCGAGGUGGAAGAGUUGUGGGACAAGCGCAGCAAGGAAGAGGAAGCUCUGCACAGCACGUCUCCCCCCUGCACCCCCCGGCAGAUGAAACGCAUGUCGGGGAAACACCAGAAGAACCGCCAAGGUCAGGGAAGGUCGGCUAGACGCUCUCCUAACAAGGCAGACAAGCAGACAUCCCCCUCCAGCCCGCCCCAGCCCAACCCCAACAGGCUAAGAGAAGGGGCCGAGCGAGACCAAGACAAAGGCCCCCACCUCCAGCCCCUGGAGGCCGAGCAACAUAACUACAAGUUGGGCAAGAAACAGACCGACCCUUCUGAGGGGAUCCAGAUAAACAAACAAGAAAAGAAACAAAGCGAGGAUCAACAACACAGCUACAAACAGGGUCAAAAACAACGUGCCACCCUGCGCUCCAGCGAGAGAGACCACAAGAAGACCUUCCAUGGUUCCUUCAUGCUGGACCCGCUUUCCAAGACCUCUAGCCCCUUCGGUGGAGGCUCAGCCCUCAACAUGGACCCCAGGAAACCCUACCUGUCACUGGGCUGUGGCAGCGGCAAGCUCCUGGUCACUAUGCCCCACCCCAUGGCCCAUCGCACCCACCGCCAGACUUCCCGUACAGACUGCCCCGCUGAUAGACUCAAGUUCUUUGAGACGCUGAGGUUGUUAUUGAAGCUGACAUCCAUGUCGUCCAAGAAGAAGGAGAAGGAGCAGCGCGGCCUGGAGAACACUGCCUUCAUGGCCCAGAACAAUGACGUGGUGUGGCUGGAGCUCCAGGCGUGGCACGCGAGACGCUCCGUCAACGACCAGGACCUGUUCCUGUUCACAGCUCGUCAGGCCAUCCCAGACAUCAUCCACGAGGUCCUCCACUUCAAGGUUAACUACCACAGCCUAAGCCCCAGCACCGUAGGCCUUGGGCAACCUAGGAGUGGGUACUCCCACUCCACCGUAGGAGUGGGAGUACCAAGGGCAUCUCCAGACCAUGGGGCCCAGAGGACUCUAGUGUUCACAGAUUCAGGCUGUGGAGGUCCAGGCCAGGUGCCCAAGCAGAGGUCUCCAACCCAGGGCUCAGAGACGGUUUCUGGGGAGGAAAGGGACUCUAACCAGCCUGCUGCUGGUGGAGCUCCAGAGACUAACCACGCUGUUUCAGUUGACCCAUGGGGCUUCAGCGCCAACCCCUCCUCGGCGGUAGAUGCAGCGGCCCCCCUGGGUUCCGGGGCGGGGUACAGGGAGCACCUCCAGCGCCAGCGGCUGGCCUUCGAGCAGGUCAAACGGGUGAUGGAGCUGCUAGAGUCAGUAGAGGCUUUGUACCCGUCCCUGCAGACCCUCCAGAAGGACUAUGAGAAGUACGCGGCCAGGGACUUCCAGGGCAGGGUGCAGGCACUCUGUCUCUGGCUCAACAUCACACAGGAUCUCAACCAGAAGCUGCGUGUCAUGGCCACCGUCCUCGGCCUCCGGGACCUCUCCCGUAUCGGCUGGCCUGUCUUCGAGAUCCCCUCGCCACGCUGUUCCCGCGGCAAUGACGACGAAGACGAGGAUGGGGGGAUAUACUGUCCCACAGCCAUCUACAGACCCUUUGUAGAUAAGGCCUUGAAACAGAUGGGUCUGAGGAAACUCAUCCUGAGGCUACACAAGCUGAUGGACCCCUCCCUCCAGAGGUCCCGGGCAGCCCUGCUCAGCCACAUGCCUGCACAGGAGUUCACAGACUUCCCAGACCCCAUGCUGUACAGUGACUACCUACCAGAACUGUCCCGCCACCUGUCCUCCUGUAGCGCCCCCUGUGGCCCGGAGCUGGGGGCAGACCAGGUCUCUUGGGAGGAGCUGUUGGACAUGGACCUCCCCUCGUUCCGACCUGCCUUCUUGGUCCUGUGCCGGGUCCUGCUGAACGUGAUACAUGAGUGCCUUAAACUGAGACUGGAACAGAGACCUGCAGGGGAGCCUUCACUGCUCAGCAUCAAACAGUUGGUGCGUGAAUGUAAGGAGGUGUUGAAAGGUGGUCUCCUGAUGAAGCAGUAUUACCAGUACAUGCUGAGGCAGGUGGUCACAGACCCCCAGGGACUCCAGACCAACGCCAACAUAGACGAGUUUGAGGACGACCUCCACAAGAUGCUAGUGGUGUACUUUGACUACAUGCACAGCUGGAUCCAGAUGCUGCAGCAGCUUCCCCAGGCCUCACACAGCCUGAAGAACCUUCUAGAGGAGGAGUGGGACUUUACCAAGGUCAUCACCCCUUACAUCAGAGGAGGGGAGGCUCAGUCUGGGAAACUCUUCUGUGAUAUUGCUGGGAUGCUGCUCAAGUCCACUGGGGACUUCCUGGACGCGGGCCUGCAGAGGAGUGGUGAUGAAUUCUGGGAAAGUGCCGAUGACAGUACAGUCUCAGACGAGAUCAGGCGGUCGGUAAUUGAGACGAGCCGGUCACUCAAGGAACUGUUCCAUGAGGCUAGAGAGAGGGCGUCCAAAGCUCUGGGCUUUGCCAAAAUGCUCCGUAAGGACCUGGAGAUUGCUGCAGACUUCAGCAUUACCAGCGGGGUACCAUGCCUCCUGGAGGCCCUCAUGGAGAGAAACUAUGUCAAGGUCCAGAUCCCAGGGCUGGAGGAGCUGGAGGUGUUUGUCCCCUGUUCCCUGAUGAACCAGCGGGCCCUCAUCCUGCAACUUCUUAACGCUGCAGCUGGUAAGGACUGCAGUAAAGAGCCUGAUGAGAUGAUGGCAGAGGACGAGGCCUACCUGCUGAUGAGCAAGCACGGAGCAGGGGACUCGCCUUGCGAGGCAGGCCAGGCUGCGGUGCAGUGGCAGUGGGACGGGGAGCUGGUCAAACUGGUGCCUCAGAUGGAGACUGUGGACACGUUACGGGCCAUGAAGGUGGAGAACCUGCUCCUGAUAGUGAUGCAGUCAGCCCACCUGGUGGCCCAGCGUAAGGCCUUCCAGCAGAGCAUGGAUGAUCUACUCACCCUCCACAGGGAACAAACUUCCAGCCAGCCCCUCAUCGCCCGCUCCCUGGAGCAACUCAAGAACGAAGCCUUACAGCUGUGUAUAAAGAUCAGCACAGCCAUCGACCGGGUGGAGUACAUGUUCACGUCAGAGUUUGAGGUGGAGGUGGAGGAGUCUGAGUCGGCCACACUACAGCAGUACUACAGAGAAGCCAUGAUACAGGGAUACAACUUUGCCUUUGAGUACCACAAGGAGGUGGUGCGUCUGAUGUCGGGGGAGUUCCGUCAGCGGAUCGGGGAGCGCUACAUCUCUUUCGCCAGGAAGUGGAUGAACUAUGUCCUCACUAAGUGUGAAAGUGGCCGGGGUACCAGACCCCGCUGGGCCACUCAAGGCUUUGAUUUCCUCCAAGCCAUCGAACCUGCCUUCAUCUCUGCUUUACCAGAGGACGACUUCCUAAAUUUGCAAGCUCUGAUGAACGAGUGCAUUGGUCAUGUGAUCGGGAAGCCUCACAGCCCAGUCAGUGGCCUGUACAUAGCCUCGAGGAACAGUCCUCGACCGGUCAAGGUCCCUCGUUGCCAUAGUGACCCCCCCAACCCCCAGCUGUUCAUCCCCAAUGCAGAGGGCUUCAGCUCUAGGAGUCUCCCUUGCGACCUACGGACUCAGCUGUGUCUACCUACAGGCCCCCGCACGGUCCCUGCCCCCCAGGGCCCUGCCCCCGGGGAACACGGUCCAACCAAAGCACCUGGAUCCAUCCCAAAUGACGUCAGAGGGACCAACCUUCAGGAGAACGACAGGCUGUGGUCUGUAGCGGCUGAGAUGCAUUUCAGGUCUCUGAGCCGACACUCCAGUCCCACUGAGAACAGGGAAGAACCCUCCUAUCCUAAGGGAGGAGAACCCAGCAGCACAGCUAGGAGAAGCUGGGAGCUCCGCACCUUCAUCAGCCAAUCAAAAGACACUGCAGCCAGACAGAGCCCCAUGGAAGCUGUACGUCACUCCAUACGCUCCUUCGAGGACAAACGCUACGCCGUCAUGAAGCAAAGGAACAUCAUUGGCCAGGUGUGCGACACCCCCAAAUCCUACGACAACGUCAUGCACGUUGGCCUCCGCAAGGUCACCUUCAAGUGGCAGAGGGGCAACAAGAUAGGUGAGGGACAGUAUGGCAAGGUGUACACCUGCAUCAACGUGGACACUGGAGAACUCAUGGCUAUGAAGGAGAUCCGGUUCCAGCCGAACGACCAUAAGACGAUAAAGGAGACAGCAGAUGAGCUGAAGAUCUUUGAGGGCAUCAAACACCCCAACCUGGUCCGCUACUUUGGUGUUGAGCUACAUCGGGAGGAGAUGUACAUCUUCAUGGAGUACUGUGAUGAGGGGACCCUGGAGGAGGUGUCCAGGCUUGGCCUACAGGAACAUGUCAUCAGGCUGUACAGCAAACAGACCACCACGGCCAUCAACGUGCUCCACGAACACGGCAUCGUGCACCGAGACAUCAAGGGAGCCAACAUCUUCCUGACGUCGUCAGGCUUGAUCAAGCUGGGGGACUUUGGCUGUUCUGUGAAGCUGAACAAUGCCCAGACCAUGCCUGGAGAGGUCAACAGCACCAUGGGAACGGCAGCAUAUAUGGCACCUGAGGUCAUUACGAGGGCAAAGGGCGAAGGUCACGGGCGAGCAGCUGACAUCUGGAGUUUGGGAUGUGUCCUUAUCGAGAUGGUGACUGGGAAGAGGCCAUGGCACGAGUAUGAGCACAACUUCCAGAUCAUGUACAAGGUGGGUAUGGGCCACAAGCCCCCCAUCCCAGAGAAGCUGUCCACUGAGGGGAAGGAUUUCCUGGGUCACUGUCUAGAGAGUGAGCCCAAACGACGCUGGACCGCCAGUACCCUGCUAGACCACCCCUUCGUCAAGGUUUGCACGGAUGAAGAGUGAGGGGGAACUGACACCACUGCUCCCACGUUUAAACUAUAGCACUACUGUUCAUGUUGGCCAGAGACCGAAAGACGAGGGUCUUGUGAACACAGGAAAUUAUGACUGCAGGCAUAUGGAGCUAAACUGAGGAACUUUAAGACAUCAUUUCCGAUGGACGACUAAACUGGAUCAAUUGGAUCGUGUUCCUUACAAACCAAGCGGAAGAAAACUGACUGCAACAGGGAGAGACACUACCUGUAUCUGUUAAAACGUUUUGCUACAGUGUGCCCUAAUGAACAUGACCCUGUAGUAGUCGACUUAUGUCCUGGGGAGGGCAAUGUAUUGUACAUACUGUAAUAAUAAGAUUGGAUCCUUCCUUGUAUAAACAAUAUUGUAAAGCUUAGGUAACAAGUAUAGCCACAUCUUGUUGUUCUCUCACUGGUGAAGAUGAGAUGGAACAAGGCAAAUGAGGAAGAUAUUGAUAAACAAAAGCUAUGGCACUUUAAAUAACAGUUUUUUUUUUCCUCCUUUCAGUGAGUGUAUUAGGGACAGUUGAGCGCAGGGGAGAUCUAAGUUCACUGCAGACAUUUGGGCCUCGUUCAGUAGGCAAACGUUGUGGAACAUUGCAGCUAGAAAUGUUUGUUUUACAUAACGUCUGAAUGUUACACAAUAUUGUGCCCUUCUGAACGUGCCCCGGGUUUGGUCGAGGCAGUCUGAAGUCUUGCCUUCAGUCGUUUGAUGAGGUGAGUGUCAUUGCACAGAAGCAGGGGAUGCUGUACUUAGUGCCAAAAUAUUUUUUUACAUUUUAAAUCCAACAAUGACUGAGGGUGUUAUCAUCCAUAUCAGGUGAACGGUUUACAAAUUACAGCAUUUUUUGGACAUGGGGGGGGGGGACUAGAGUGCCAAAGUAUUGGGACAAAUUCACUUGUAUAGUAAAGAAAAUUGAUGUUUUUGGUCCCAUAUUCAUAGCACUACAUCAAGCUUGUGACUAAACUUAUUGGAUAAUGAGUGAAAGUUCACCACACAAAUCUCAUACCCAGGACAUGCUAACCUCUCAUUAUUGUAAUGGUGAGAAGUUAGCUUGUGCGGUGACCUCACUCAUCAUUAUCUGAAAGUGUGUAGAAACAUAUUGUGUUUUUUUUUUUUUUUUUUUU